UCAAAUCUCUUCUGAAAGUUUUCUUUCUUGAACCACAGACGAAACCCCAAUUUCUCCAUCGCAACCUCUUAAACCCUAACGAAUUGCUUAAAUCAAAUUGCUGUUUCUCCAUCGUAUGAAGAAGAUUAAGAAGGAUUUCGACAUGGGUUAUUUCAACAAACUACCGGGUGAGAUUGCAUUAGAGAUUUUAAUUCGUGUACCAAGUGAAACGGUGCUUGAUUGCAAAUUAGUCUGCAAAUCUUGGCGAAAUCUUCUUUCUAUUGAUCCGUCGUUCCCUCCGAAGCAUUUGUAUCAUCUUAACCAUCCAUCUACUGCUGCUGAAGAUUCUUGUAAGUUGGGUUUUCUUGCUUUAAUUGAUAACAAUAGAUUGUACUUUUUUGAAUAUAAUGAUGAUCAGAAUCAUGAGUUAAGAAAACCCAUUGAGAGAAUUAAAAGGAUGGUUACAACACCAAUCAAGGGUUCUCGCUUUAUUGGAUCUUGUAACGGUUUAAUCUGUCUUGUUGGAGAGGAACAUGAUAUACCUGUUCGUAUAUGUAACCCUUUCACCAAAGAGUAUGUCAACCUUCCAGAAAUCAGGAUAGAUGGUGAUGAUUUGGAUUUUUGCACAUUCGGAUUUGGUUAUCUUCCUUCAACAAAUGAGUACAAAGUGGUAGCAGUACAUGUAUUCGAGACCGAGUUAAUAGAAGUCCACAUAUACACUCUAGGCAGUGGCAAUGGGUGGAGAAACCUUGGAAAGUUCAAUUCUGAAUUCUCCCCUAUGUAUAAUCAAGAUCAAGAACAUGGUAGCUUUGUCAAUGGAUCUAUUUAUUGGGCUGGCGCUAAUCUGAAUACGAUCUUGACCUUCGACUUAAUUGAGGAGAAGUUCUGCAAACAUCUUGAACCGCCUCCUCUCCCACUAGACACUGAUUUGCAAAGUCAUACAAUAGGGGUUCUGGAUGGAUCUUUGUAUAUUUCUAUUCUCGAUGAAGAAGAAAGAGGUUUUGACGUAUGGCUAUUAAAGAAGAAGAAUGAUAAACACGAAAAGAAAGGAGGAGGGGAACAUCGCUCAUUGGAAUGGAGUAAAGAGUUUAGGGCUAAUGCAAACCAUGCAUUAGCCCUUACUAAGAAGGGGGAUGUUUUAACUUACUGUACUAUUGAUAACGAUCUCAACAUUUACGACACAAAAGCUUCAACCUCGAAAGGGCUUGUGCAUUUUGAGGAACUUGUUUGUCGAGUAUUCCCUCACAACAACACCUUCGUAUCGUUAAAGGAAUUAGGGGAAAAAGAUGCGGAAAUAGUAUCGUUGAAGGAAUAUUGGGAAAAACAGAUGGAAAUAAAGAAGGCAGUUAAUCGUGCAUUGAAGGAAUUACGGGAAAAAGAUGCGGAAAUAAUGAAGUCAGUUAAUGGAGGCAGAAAGCCGUGAUUCACCUUUCAAGCAGCUACAGGAGGAUGCAAACCCUGACUACAUAGUUAUAAACUGUUAUGGCUGAAACCAGCUGGCAAUCUACUGUUAGUUAUUGAAAAAUGGGGGUGGUGAUCCAAAUGGGGCAAUCUUUUGUAGAGAGAACUGUUGAAAGUGUUUAUCCCAGUGUUUUUGAUGGAAACAAAUGGUAGCGAACCAUGAACGGCAAGUUUCAGGAAAAGAUGAUACUCCUGGAGCUCAUUUAAUGUGAGCCCGUGUCUCAGUGGAGAGAUUCAUUCCGCAGUUUGAGUUAUUGUUUACAAAUACAUAUUGU